GCUGCGUUUCAUUCUUUCAGGUUUGUCAUCAAAGGAAGCCUGGCUGGAGCUGCCGUAUACGUGGCAUAUGAUCAGGGGCUGCUAGGCAGUGGCACACAAGGUGCUGAAGCCCUCAAGAAGGCUCAAGCAGCACUGCCUCCAGCUAUCCAAGAGUGGACGAGUUACAUAGGCUGGGAGCUCCCACCCACUCCAAAAUUUGACUUUUCCCCCUCUGAUUCCUGGAAUAAAGGAGUGCAGACAGUCAUGUCUGCCUUAUCUGUAGCUCCCACCAGGGCCUGUGAAUACACUGCGGAAGGCUGGAAGUAUGUGAAGGAUCUUGUCAAAUGA